AGCUGAAGCUCCCUCCUUAACGGCCACAAAUGGCCUCCCUCGCCUUCCCUCCGUCGCUGCACCACCACCGCCGCCGCCACCUCGCCUCGCUCCCGCCGUACACGCCGCCGCCUCCGACCGCCGUCGAUUACUCCAGACACCGCCGCCCAACUUCCGCUUUCGCCCUCCCCGGCCGCUCGCUCGCCAAGCUCCCCGCCGCCGACCGCGGCCCUCCGGCGAAGGCCGCGGGCGGUUCCGGAACCAGGGAGAGGGCCACCGGCAGCUCGUCGGCCCGGCCUCCGAGGGCCGGCGGCGACGAGAGGUGGCAGAAGGAGUCGCUGAAGGACCUCGUGAGCUCGAUCAUAACGGAGCGGGAGCGGUCCGAACGGAGGGCCGGCGGCGGCGGUGAGGGCGGUAAGAGGAGGGCGCCGAAAGGUAAGGCUACGGGGAGGGGCUCGAUUCUGAGGCGGAGGGGUGAUGUUGGGGUUGGGAAUGGCGGCUCGCGUGCUGAAAAAGAGAGUGCGGCGGGGAAAUUCGUGGAUGACGGUGGUGCCAGUUCGGGAGGUAGAGUGGGAAAGCGGAAAACGAGCAGGAAUGUCGGCGGUGGUGCGACGGAGGCGGCUGGCGAGAGUAGGAAGUCCAGGAAGAGUAAGGACGAGUCGCCUGAAGUCCGGUUGAAGGUCGCGCUGGAUAUGUACUCGAAAAGUGGGGAUUUUUUGGGGGCGGUCCAGUGGUAUGAUUCGGCUCGGAAGGAAGGGAUUCAAUUGGGGCAGUAUCAUUACGCUGUGCUGUUGUAUCUCUGUGCUUCUGCGGCUGUUGGCGUCGUUCAGCCUGCUAAAAGUGGAAGCGGUGCGAGGACUUUGAAUAGGUUGGACUUGUUGAAUGAAGAUGUCGCUACGAAUCGCGUCAAGUUUGGUGAGGAGGAUGAAGUCGUGUCAAAUGACCUCCUGUCAAUUGGCGCCCGUGGUAUUGAGGGAAAAGCUGGCAAAAUGGAUUUACGUUCAAAUAGGACGAAUGGCAAUGUUGAGUAUACCGACGAAAUUAAGAGCAUCAGGCAGAACUUUAAUGGGUUUCCAAAACCCAAUGCUCAUGUUUCAGAUAGGCUGAAUGAUGUAGGAAAAACUAAAGGUGAUUCCUCUGACAUUGAAAAUGAGGCUAUAGACCAAGAAGAUCAGGUUGUGAUAUUUGAUGAAAAUCUCAAGAAGUUUGCGGUUGAAAAGGGAUUUGAAAUCUACAGGGAGAUGUGCUCGGAUAAAGUCCCAAUGAAUGAAGCCACUUUGACAUCUGUGGCCAGAAUGGCGAUGUCAAUAGGUGAUGGAGACAUGGCGUUUGACAUGGUGAAGCAAAUGAAGCCUAUGGGGAUAAAUCCUAGGUUGCGGUCCUAUGGUCCUGCUUUAUCAACUUUCUGCAAUAGUGGAGACAUUGAGAAAGCAUUUGAAGUUGAAAAUCAUAUGCUGAAGAAUGGUGUCUAUCCAGAGGAGCCUGAACUGCAAGCACUACUUAGAUUAAGCAUAGCAGUUGGAAGAGGGGACAAGGUGUAUUAUCUGUUGCACAAACUCAGAACAAGUGUAAGGAAGGUCUCUCCCUAUACUGCAGAUAUAAUUGAGGACUGGUUCAAAGGCAAGGUAGCUUCAAGACUAGGGAAAAGGAAAUGGGAUGAAAGAGAUAUAAGAGAAGCAAUUAAAAAUCAUGGUGGAGGCUGGCAUGGGAAAGGUUGGUUGGGAAGAGGCAAGUGGAGUGUAUCACGUGCAUCUGUUGGUUCUGAUGGCUCAUGCAAAUGCUGUGGCGAAAAAUUGGCCACAAUUGAUCUUGAUCCUUGGGAAACAGAAAAAUUCGCCAAGUCAGUUGCAGCCUUGGCUCUAAAGAGAGAAAAAAACUCGAGCUUUCAGAAAUUUCAAAAAUGGCUUGAUUAUUUCGGACCAUUUGAAGCAGUAAUUGACGGAGCUAAUGCAGGCCUUUUUAGUCAGCAAAGAUUCUUACCAGCAAAGGUUAAUGCAGUUGUUAAUGGAAUACGUCAGAAGCUUCCUUUAAGAAGAUGGCCUCUCAUUAUUUUACACAAUAGACAUAUUACAGGAAAGAAGAUGGAAGUACCAGUGAACAGGGCAAUCAUUGACAAGUGGAGAAAUAAGGAUGCACUUUAUUUAACCCCUACUGGAUCCAAUGAUGACUGGUAUUGGUUGUAUGCAGCUAUCAAAUUUAAGUGCUUAAUCGUGACCAACGAUGAAAUGAGGGACCAUACGUUUCAACUUCUAGGAAAUGACUUCUUCCCCAAAUGGAAAGAAAGGCAUCAGGUACGUUUCAGCUUUUCUGAUGCUGGUCCAGAGUUUCACAUGCCUCCUCCAUGCUCUGUUGUAAUCCAGGAGUCCGAGAAUGGCCACUGGCACAUACCCAUUUUGCUGGAACACGAGUAUGAAGCAGAUAGAACAUGGUUAUGUGUGACGCGUGCUAGCUCUGGAUUGGCAACCAGACCUGAAGAUCUGCAAUUACAUCAAUGGAGCGAGCAACAUGUGAUGGAAGACAAAGACCCACAAGAUGGGGUUGAUCCCUUUUCAGAAACGCUUCAACCUAACCAUGAUAACGUUAGAAAAUCACCUCCUGAGACACACCAAAAUCUCAAAAACAUAUUUGCAGCGGCUGUAUCAUCAUAUGACAGCACCCUUCUGUCAGAACUUGACACUGCAGAGAGGUGUGGUAAUUGUAUUAUUGAUUUCCAAAUAUAGAUUCAUCGAUAACAGUUCACAUCCUUUUGUUAUCUUCUCACCUAGAUCAAAGAACUUGGAAUGCCUAUGUAUAGACAUAAGGCACAUUUGUUUUUUUAAGGUGUAGAGAGCCCUUCGUUGGCAGAAAAGCUUAGUUCGAAUAGAUAUAAAUGUAUUUUACCAAGCAUUGUAACUAUGGAAUGGAUGCAUUCUCUUGCCUAAUAUAAUUCAGGAAGAAUUUUUCCAGCUUCCUUUUCCUUU